GUUCAGUCAGUCAGGAGGAAGUUAACUCCCUAACAUGGAGGUGACACCUUUGUGCAUCAGACUCGUUUGGUAUUCAUUGUUGUUGAUCACAGCUGAAGUUAAGAACGGCUAUUUUUCUCAAAACGCUGAACUGGAUGGAACUUAUCUUUAUAUUGAGCCCAACAGACUGCAGUUCUUUGAAUAUGAAUCAAUCACAUUCAAGUGUGAGGGGUUUUCCAGAGGAGCUGAAUGGCGAGUGAUGAAAAAGACUCCUUCAAUGGCUACCACAAGGAAAUCAUCAACAGGAAUCUUGAACAUUAUGACUGCAUAUCUAUUAGAUGGAGGAGAGUAUUGGUGUGAAAAUCUAAAGGGAGAAAAGAGCAACACUGUCAACAUCACUGUCACUGAUGGCGAUGUGAUAUUGGAGAGUCCUGCUCUAGCUGUGACACAACACAUUAAUGUCACUCUGCGCUGUAAAGAGAAGACAGCUUCUCUCAAACGCUCAGCACAUUUCUUUAAAGAUGGCCAGUUAAUCAAUACUAUAUAUGAAGGUGAGAUGAUCAUUAACAGUGUAUCCCAGUCAGAUGAAGGACUCUACAAGUGCAGAAUAUCUGGAAGUGGAGAAUCAUUAGAGAGCUGGCUGGCUGUAAGAGGUGGUGAUGUUUUCCUGGAGUUUCCUGGUCUUCCAGUGAUGGAGGGAGACAAUGUCACAAUCCACUGUAGAAGAAAAGGAACUUUCUCCAAAUUUACAGCUAAUUUCUUUAAAGACGGUGAUUUUAUUGAGACUGGAUAUAAAGGUGAGAUGACUAUUCAAAGAGUUAUGAAGUCUCAUGAAGGAUUCUACAAAUGCAGCAUCGCUGGAUUCCGAGGAGAAUCAGAGGAGACUUGGCUGUCUGUCCGUGUCAGAGAAGAGCUCCAACAUGAAGGUCAUGCAGAGCCCCAUCCCUCAUCAGAUCACUCUUGUCAUAUUUACCUGACGCUGAGGACUAUCUUCACUAUUUUACUGGUGGCUCUGCUUGUGCUACUGGUGGGACUAUUUUACUCUAAGAAGCUAGGUAUUACACAACAGUAAUUUGUAAUGGUUCAAAUGUACAGGCCGAUGUAAUAGAUGAGCCAUAAUUGCAGCAGAGUCAACAAGAUAGUAGUUCAUGUGCACCACAUUUACUGUUUAUUCUCUGACAAUACAUGGAAUUCUGUUCAUUUUCUCAUUUUCCUUGGAAGAAAAAGAGAGUGGAGGAUUAAGCUUAAUUAAGCUUAAUAUUAAUACCUCCUCAAUCUGUACACUCUGUACACUCCUUGUCGUGCAUUAAGAUCAUCAGGUCAACUACUCCUGGCCCAAACUGAGUUUAGACUGAAGACCAGAGGCGAUCGUGCCUUUGCUUCAGCUGCACCCAACCUUUGGAAUAGCCUCUCUGCUUCUAUUUGUGCUUCAGACUCUAUCCAAUCCUUUAAAUCAAGAUUGAAAGCAUACUUAUUUAACCUGGCUUUCUCGACCAGUUAA